AAAUCGUAAGACCUCGGAAGUUUUCCACCGGAGUCGAUGCAAAGGCCCGAAACAUGUGGGAAAGGAGAAAUUGAAUGCAAUUUUGCCGAUUAUUUAGACCAGGCCUAACAGCAAAUGCCAUGAGUUGGCAUGGAGGAAGGCGUGGUAGGAGAUAUUACCAUGAUGACGGGGACAGAAACAAUUACGGUCACGGGGCUCGAGGGUUUAGGGAGGACGAUGAUGGGAGGUAUGGCAGAGAUAGGGACGCAGAUUACAGGGAACAGGACGACGGCCCUCAGGGUCAUGACAGGUGGAGGAACAGAGGGGGAAGAGGAAGACAAGAUUACAGGAGAGGUCAGGGGAGAGGCGGUGAAGGUCAAGGUGAAAGGCGUGGAAGACCUCCAUUUGGACUGAGGGGCAGAGACAUUGGAAUGUUUUAUGCUGCUCGAAGCAAGGCCAAAAAAGAAAGAAGGGAGAUUGAAGAGAGACCUUUGGUUGCCAUGGAAAGCAGUGACAUGAAUAAGAUAAAGAAAGUAUUAGAUUCUAUGAAGGAAGGUCCAGAAGAAAGGGACUACACCAAAACAGAGAAAUCGAGACCAAAAACAGCACCAAGUUUAUCAAGAGCAACAGGUGCCACAGGUUCUAGCAAGGAUAGCGCUCCAGGUAGACAUGCCUCGGCAGUCAGCACUGACAAAACCUUCACAGGGGCUAGUAACCUGGAGGCAGACAUGGGGGGUAGUGAUUUGGGGGAGGAACUCUCUGGGUGGGGGGCAUCAGCCUCUCCGGAAAAGAAGAGGGUCAAGAAACAGAGAGGAUUUAAAACGGAACCAGAGGAAGACUGUACUGUAAGCAGUCAAAAAAUAGCCUCCUCCAGUGUCAAGGAGGAAGAGAACGUGGAGACGGAAUUCCCUGAUGUGGAAGAAAUUAAGGAGUUUUCUGAAGAUCUGGAUCAAAUUUUACCUGAAGGAAGCUCUGAUUUAGAGUUUGAUCAAGAGAUAUCCCGCCUACCUGAUCUUGAUGAUCAAUUCAAGGAAGAAUUAGAGGAAAAAUCAUUGAAUCCCAAGUAUAAGAAGAUGUUGUUAUGUAGGCAACGUUUACCUGCUUAUAAGCAGCAAAAGGAAGUCGUGGAACUUAUCAACUCGAACCAAAUAAUUGUAUUGAGUGGUGAAACAGGGUGUGGAAAGACAACUCAGGUACCACAGUUCAUUCUAGAUCACUUCAUUGAGCGAGGUAUGGGAUCCAUGUGCAAUAUUAUCUGUACUCAACCUAGGAGGAUUUCUGCAAUUUCAGUUGCAGAGCGUGUGGCAGAUGAGAGGGCAGAAAAAUGUUCCCAGUUUGAUAGAAGUUCCUCUGUGGGAUAUUCAAUUAGAUUAGAAAACCGUCUUCCCAGAAAGAGGGGCUCCAUUUUAUUUUGCACUACAGGAAUUAUUUUGAGAAGAUUGGAGUCUGAUCCAACUCUGAAGUCUGUUUCACAUAUCAUCAUUGAUGAGGUUCACGAGCGAGACUUGCUGUGCGAUUUUCUGAUGGUGGUUGUGAAGGAUUUAGUGGCUGUCCGUGCAGAUCUCAGAGUUAUUCUCAUGAGUGCCACACUUAAUGCUGAGAAAUUCUCCAAAUAUUUUAAUAAUUGUCCACAUAUCAACAUUCCUGGAUUCACCUAUCCUGUUAAAGAAUAUUUCCUUGAAGAUGCGGUGCAACUUACAGGGUAUUAUCCUGAGCAGUCAGCUCAACCCAGAAGAAAAGGAAGAUGGGGAGGAAAAUGGAGGAAACAACAGAUGAUGGAAGAGGAAGAAGAGAAGUGGAAGAUGGAUGCCUGGGCAAGAAAUCUUCCCGCCAACAAAUACUCCCGAGACACAAUAUCAGCAUUAGAACGUAUGGACUUGAAGAAAAUAGAUCUAGAUCUAGUCAUGGAAGUUUUGCGUCACAUUGUGAACAAUAUGGAGGAUGGGGCAGUUUUGGUAUUUGUUCCUGGAUGGAAAGAAAUAUCUGAUCUAAAUAAGAUGCUAGAGAAAGAUUCCAGAAUGAAUAACGGAAAGCUUCGAAUUGUCCCAUUACAUUCCUUGAUGCCCACAGUGAAUCAGAGGGAAGUCUUUGACAGACCACCUCCAGGGAUUCGUAAAAUUGUUAUAGCAACCAAUAUAGCAGAAACAAGUAUAACAAUAGAUGACAUUGUGUAUGUUGUGGAUUGUGGGUUUAUAAAGGUCAAAGACUUCCAGCCAGAUACAGGAUUGUUGUCUCUGGACAGUCACCCAGUCUCUAGAGCGAACGCUCAGCAGCGCAAAGGCAGGGCUGGAAGAGUUCAAGCAGGUCAUUGCUUCCAUCUGUUUACGAGUCUCCAGUAUGAGGAAAUGAAGGAAUAUCUGGCCCCGGAGAUCCUGAGGACAAGGCUGGAGGAGUUGUGUUUGAUGAUUAAGAUGUUGAAGUUAGGGAAGAUUGAACCCUUUGUCAGCAAGGCUUUGGAUGUUCCUUCAGCCGAAUCUGUGAGAGCUGCCAUUGUACUACUACGGAAUCUACAAGCCCUGGAUGAUGAUGAAGAGUUACUUCCCCUAGGCUAUCACUUGGCCCGACUCCCACUAGACCCUCACACUGGUAAAAUGAUUCUGUUUGCCGCCAUUUUUGGCUGUCUAGAUCCUGUAUGUCUGGUGGCAGCGUGUCUCAGUUUCAAGUCACCCUUCUUCACACCUCUGGGAAAAGAAUCACAAGCAGAUCGAUGCAGAAAAGAACUUGCAGGGAGGAGCAAGAGUGACCACAUGAUGCUAAUAAAAGCUUUUAAGGGAUGGGAGAAGGCUACACGAAAUGGAAAUGGUGGAAAGUUCUGUUACGAUAAUUUUAUGUCGGAAGCAACACUCAGGUUGUUAAAGAAAAUGAAGAAACAAUUUGCAGAGCUGUUAUUUGAUAUAGGAUUUGUAAACUCUUCUGACCCAGAGAACAGAAAAUCCAAUGUUCACUCAGGUAAUGAGAACUUGAUAACAGCUGUUGUGUGUGCUGGCCUUUAUCCUAACAUCGCCAAGGUCACAAAGGAAGCCAUUCCAGGAAAAAGGUCUGUAAGUGUACAACUUCAGAAUGGAGGAAAGGCUUUUGUCCACAAGCAGUCGGUUAAUUCUUAUGUGACAUUUUUCCCAUCCAAGUGGUUAAUUUACCACAAAAUCAUGAAGACACAGACGGUGAAUGUGUAUGACUGCAGUAUGGUGUCCCCCUACCCUCUGUUGUUCUUUGGAGGAAAGAUCUCUUACUCUGUAUCUCCUGUAAAAGGCAGGGACAGAGAGUGUAUAAAGGUUGACGACUGGAUCACAUUCUGGACAGACAAGGCAACCUUUGAUCUAGUUAAGGACCUGAGGAGGCAGCUAGACAGGAUCCUGGAGGACAGAAUCGUGUCCCCCAAGGCCUUCGAUUUAACGGUCGAGUCCAGAGACCAGGUCAUCAUUAAUGCUAUAGUAGACCUCAUUUGUAAAGAGGAAGUCAACUUCCACAACUUCAGAGAUGAGGAUUUUGAUGAGUUCAGUUGAGGACACUUCGCCUAGGAAAGUUUAGAGAAAUUUGAAUGCUUCAUACAAAGAAAGUAGCUUCAUGUAUGUGAACAAUUUCUAGCCAUGAAACUAUCUUUGCACUAGACAUUUUGAGAUGAAAAAAAAGCUAAAUCUAAUAUAAUGAAGGAUUUUUAAAAAUGUAGAGAAGCAGAGUUGAAUUUUUAAGAAUGCAUUUAUUGGAUUUUCUUUGAUGCAGUAAAUACACCAAAAAGAGAUGCCACAGAAAGUCAAGGGAUGUUGUGUCAGCCAUGACAAAAACGUAGCGAUUUCUUUCAUUCUUGUUUCAGGGAUAAAUCAAUAUAUGUAUUGUUUUGUUGCUGAUUUUAUUGCUGUUAUAUUUUACCCUUUGAAAUAAAUUUAUACAAGUCUAUUUA